AUGUUUAUGCUCAGGAAUGUCGGGAAGCUGCUCUUCGGCUCCAGCAACCAGGAGUCAAUGAUUGAGCUUCCACAAGGCCAACUUUACCUCGUCCGACCGCUUUCUCCCAAGGGUUACUCCGAGCUCAUCUUCAAAGAUGCAUCGGCCCGCAUUCGACGCACGGCGCAGGAUUUCCAGUACCAGCUUGUUGUACAACGGGUCUUCGAAGAAGGAGAGGCCGAGCUACUCGCCGAAGAGGAGGGUGAAGACGCCGAAGCCGACGCGGAUAUUCUUGCAGGGGAACGGGAUGAAAAGACGUUUUUGCUCGACGAGGCCCUCCACUUCCGCGUCGAGAAUCGCGAAGGGAGCGAGCGGGUUCUGGCUUGGCGAGACUUGAGCGGGGAUGCGGGCGAUGUCUACGAGUUUGUCUGCGAGCCUGCCAUCUUGCCCGCCCAAGUCGAACAGUUCGCGCAAGUCGCGAAGCAAUGCCAGUACGAACGCAAGUACCGAAAACCAUAUACCACUGCGUCGGAUGAGGACCUAGAGCAAUUCGAAUUCGACGAACAACCCAUUCCACAGGCCAGCCCGCUGCACAGCCCGACAAUUGCCAGGUCUAUCGACUCCUCCGACUCCAUGGUGCUCGGAAAGCCCGCCGCGAACACGGGCGUCAAGCGUGAGAAGAUCGCUAAGGCCGAUGCCACACCGACUAAGAAGGGCCAAGAGAGGGACAUGGGACCCCCCGUCGUCUCGGCCCACCCGGAGGCUCGCGAGAUGCUGGCAGCAGAAGUAGCCGAGCUUCACUUCUUCGACUUCCCCUCCGGUGCCUUCGUUCAGCAGGAUGCAUCAGUAACCGCGACGGUGACAGAGAUUGGCGAUUGGCAGUACUGGCUCCAAGUCAAAAGCGCUGAUCGGGAUUGGCUUGGCAUCCCCGUGGUCGCCGACAUCAACCCUGUGUUCAACUUUGAGUUCCUGUCCUUCAUCUUCAAUCAGUUUUCCGACGAUGGCUCAGCCUACUCCUGGCUUCUGCGGUUCAAGGAUCAGGCCACCCUCGAGCGGUUCCAGGAGGGUCUCUUGCAGGCUCUGUGGGAGCAGCUGAACGAGAUGAAGUGGUCCAAGGUCAAGGACAAGGAUCGGGAUUAUGUUGCGGACGCCUUCAACGACCUGACAAUGGAGGAUUCGGACCGCCCUGAGGAGGAAGAAGAGGUGGAGCAGGUCGAGGAAGAAGAGGAAGAGGAUGACCGGGCACGAAGCGAACAUUACGACAGCGACGAAGAAGAAGAUGAUGUCGAGUACAAGCCCAAGGACAGCGAUGUCAACAAGCAACUCGCCGUGGGCUACAAGCACGACCGCUCGUUUGUUGUUCGCGGCUCCAAGAUUGGCGUCUUCAAACACACGCCCAACAACCACCUCGAGUUCAGCACCAACAUCUCAAAGGUCGAGACGCCCAAGGGCGAGUUGUUCUCCCCGAAGAAGGUUAUGCUCCACAAUGAGGACCGAAACCUCAUUCUACAAAAGGACUCGGACCCCAACAAGCUGUACCGCAUGGAUCUGGAAUACGGCAAGGUGGUCGACGAGUGGACCGUGCAUGAGGACAUCCCGGUCGUGACAUUUGCGCCCGAGAACAAAUUCGCUCAGAUGACACACGAGCCGACAUUCCUCGGCAUCAGCAGAAACGCCCUCUACCGAGUUGAUCCCCGCCUGUCCGGCACCAAGCUGGUUGACGCCCAACUCAAGCAGUACACGAGCAAAAACGAUUUCUCGGCGGUUGCGACGACCGAAAAAGGAUACAUCGCGGUGGCGUCCAACAAGGGCGAUGUCCGGCUCUUCGAUCGCCUGGGCAUCAAUGCCAAGACGCACAUACCUGCUCUGGGUGAACCUAUCAUUGGUCUCGAUGUCUCGGCAGACGGCCGCUGGGUUCUUGCGACAUGCCGGACAUAUCUCCUCCUCGUCGACGCGCUGCAGAAAUCAGGCAAGAACGAGGGCAAGCUGGGCUUCGAGAAGCCGUUCGCCGCCGACGACAAACCGCAACCCCGCCGUCUAGCUCUGACCCCGGAGCACGUCGCGCAAUUCGCCUACGAAACCGGAAAGGGCGUCAGCUUCACGCCGGCCAAGUUCAAUACGGGUGAGGGCGCGGAAGAGACUAGCAUCAUCACCGCGUCAGGCCCCUACAUCGUCGAGUGGAGCCUUAAGAAGGUUCUGACGGGCCGCAAGGCUCCGUACCUGAUCAAGCGGUACACGGACGAUGUCAAGGCGGAUGACUUCAAGUUUGGCACUGACAAGAACGUCAUCGUCGCUCUUCCUCACGAGGUCAACAUGGUCAACCACGCACGUUUGAAGCCAGCCACUCGGGAGAGCAUUGCUGGUGACUUUGGCAUUGCCGGGCGCCGGGGCUCGGGGCGGAUCGGAACGCCGGCAAGCCGGCGGUCCAAGCUUGGGAAGGAGGACGUCGUCAGGGAGGCCUUUUAG